AUGCCAGAUCCUCAGGAACGCAUGCCCAUGCCCCACCUGCAUGCCAUCGCCUGCGGACAGGGCUUCUCUGUACGAUCCCAGUCCCUUCACUCUGUCGGCGGUGGGAGCAGCGGGGGAGGAGGAGAGGAGGAAGUGGGAAGUCCAACCUCCAGGAAGCAGCCUCCACCUAAACCGAGGAGAGACCCCGCCACCAAGCUAAGCAUGUCGUCUGAGGCGGUGGACCACAGUCCCAUGUCCACCUGCCGUGGGGAGAAGUGUGAUGGUGACCUGUCUCAGAUUGGUGGGAUCUCAGUGUGCACGCAGAUCUUCCUGGGCACCACGGCAACCAUCCCACAGAAACAAGACCCCCUGCAGCCCAACCAAUCACCACAUCACCCAGCCACUCGGGCCAAUGAGGCUCCAGAAAUGCUGAAGUCUGAGGUUUCAGCACCAAUCAUAGAGAGAUUGUGGGGGUGUCCCUGGCCGAGGGGAGGGAGAAGAGGGAGGGGGAGGGUGCUGCGGGUAAACACAUCCGGGCAGGAGGGGGAGGGGGAAAAGAGGAAGCAAAAGAGAGCUCAGGGCUGUAGUGAUGACUGCAGAAGAGUACCACCACCCAAACCCAAGAGGAACCCCAACACACAACUGAGUGUUUCCUUCGAUGAAUCCUACAUUAAGAGCCACGGAGGCAGUGGAAUCUGUCCGUCCAAACCGCUCCACCACACUACAUCCCCAAGUGAACGCAACCCAUCGCCUCCGCAGAGCGAUGAAAGCCCCACAGACGACUGCGAAGACGAACCAGUCUACAUUGAAAUGGGCGGGAUUGAUGUUGGAAUGAGAGAACCCUUGAAGAGUGAGGAUGAGGAGCCAGGAGAGUCUGUUUACGAGGAGAUGAAGUAUCCUGCUUUAGAUGAUAUGGAGUACCGCACUGACCCUGUGGGAUGUCGUUCAGCGUGCCCAACCCCAGCACCAUAUGACCCUGAGCCUCUGAGUCGCUGCUCCACGCCUCGAAACAUUCCCCUCUGUGAUAUCCCUGCACCUUUUCCCAAUUUACUCACUCACCGGCCUCCACUGUUGGUGUUCCCACCAGCACCAGCCCAGUGUUCCCCCAACUCUGAUGAGUCCCCCCUCACCCCUUUAGAUGUUUCCAAACUGCCCAUGCUGGAGAACCAGUCUUACAGCAAAUCUCCAACAUCCUCUUCUGAGCCACCCUCUUCCGCUCAUGUCCGUAGGGAGCUCACAGCCACUCCAACACUUACAGUCUCUGGUCGCUCCUCUGCACCUCCAUUACCUUGUACUCUCUAUAAAUCCUCGUCAUCGUCCUCCUAUCAGCGCAGUCACUCUGCUUGCCCAUCGCCCGUCAGUAUGGGCCGCUGUCUUACCCCUCUUAGCCUCAUGCGUACGCCUCCAUUUGAUACUCCGAUGCCAUUUCCCGGGGGGUUGCCACGUAGCGCCUCUGCCACCCCUCACGGCAAAGGCUCACCCCCUCAAGACAGCGUAGGACGACUUCAUGGCUCUAUGCAGAACGUGUCAACGGGACGUUCACGGACACCAACAAGCCCUCUGGAUGAGUUAACAAACUUAUUCACCACAGGCAGGAACAUGCUGAAGAAAAACACCAGUGGAAGAAAGUCUAAGGAACCUGGAGAGACUGAGUCCAAAAGCAAGUCUCACAGUGAGUCAAAGCGAGAGAGCAAAGAACGUCACAGUCACAGCAAAGAGUCCAAACGAGAAUCCAAAGAACGUCACAGCAAGGAGUCGUCUCAUCGAAGAGAUCGAGACAAAGAGAGGGCCAGCAGCAGCAGUGCGGAACCUGUGCUCCACAGGCGCAACAGUAAAGACCGCAAUUGUAGCACUGUAGAUACACCACCGGUUUCCAGAGACAGCAAGGACCUGGCCUGUGUGGAGUCCAUUCUUGUGAGACGGGACUCCAAAGACAGAGGCUGCAGCUCUGCCGAUUCCAUUCCUUUGAUGAGAAGAGAUUCUAAGGAUAGAGGCAUUAGCAAUGGAGACCUAAUGCCAAGGAGAGACAGCAAAGAUCGAAGUGGAGGACCUGGAAUGGAAACUUCACUAAGACAGGACAGCAAAGACAGAGACAGAUUUCUGGAUCAACCACCUGAGCUGUUACCGAGACAAGACAGUAAGGACAGGUCCAGAAAUGGUUCAGAUUAUCGGCAUGAAAGCAGAGAGAGACUGCUAGAUCACCCACCCGAGCUUUUACCCCGACAAGAUAGCAAAGAGAAAGCCAGGAACAGUGUGGACUCAAAGCUUGAAAGCAGAGACAGGCCAGCCGAGCUCCUGAACCGACAAGAGAGCAAAGACAGAGCGAGAAAUGGACUAGAAUACAGGCAUGACAUCAAAGACCAUCGUCCUGAUUUGCUACCUCGUCAGGACAGCAAAGAGAGAGAAAGGAGUGAUACUGAACAUCGGCAUGAAGGGAGGAUAGACCAACCACCUGAGAUCUUGCCCAGACAAGAAACAUCUAGAAACAACAAGGAUAAGGUUGAAUUCAAGUAUGAUGUAAGAGAUCGAAGCUGCCACAAUGGAGGAGAUCUGCCACCUCUUUUACCCAGGCAGGACAGUAAAGAUUUGAGUAGAACAGGCCUUGAAGUCCGACGGGACAGCAAAGACAGAAGUCCCAAUGGCUCAGAGCAACGUCAUUAUGAUGUCAAGAGCACAAAGAGCCCUUCUGCUAUGGAGCAUAGGUCUGAUAAUAAGGAGCGAGGAUUCAGGUCAGAUGGCACACCGCGGCGCGAUCACAGAGGAAAUCACAACGUGGACCAAUCAAAAGCACACGAGAGGAACGGUAGCACAAUGUCAGGGCAGCAUUCGUCAACGGCCACACCCACACACCACGGGAAGUCAUCCGGCAGCCCACCAAUGACCACGGGGACCGGAAACAAUUUCAAGACGUCAUCUAAGUACAGCCGCUCACCUUCAAUGCCUGCCAGCCCGUCAGCGAUGGGAACACCACAGAGGAGAGCUGCAGUGACACACCAGAGUCAGAUGCCCCAGAUGCCAUGGAUAUGUGGAGACACCACAAUGCUUGAACAAAUAGAGAGGAAGCGCACCCUGUGCAUGGAGAUCCGCUCCAGACAGCAUCCACACCUGCAGAAAUCUCUGGACAGGCCUCCACCUCCAGACAAGAAUGAGGACAGACCCCAGGAGCGGAGUCAGUGCAAGCAGGAAAGCACGUCUGUCCUCCCGGGUUGGGGAAAGGGCAAUGGAACGAAGAAGAUCCGUCCUCCACCUUACCCCACACAGAAAACUGUAUUCUGGGACACAGCCAUCUGA